UCAAAAUGAAGACGUCUGGACUGCUGCUGGACUUCAAACUGUGGUUUAUGAUAGUUGUGGCAAUGGAAAUUACUGAAGUAUAUUGCCAAAAAUACUAUCCUGUGUACUAUACUGUUGGACACCACCAUGGUCACCAUCACAAGAAAAAAAUUGAAAUUCAUAUGAAAAAUCAUCAUCAUCACCAUCACCACCACCAUCACGGACAUGAACAUAAGCAUCACCAUGGACAUCAUCACGGCCACCAUCAUCAACAUGGUCAUCAUCACGGUCACCAUCAUCACCAUGGACAUCAUCACCAUCAUGGCCACCAUCAUCAUCACGGGCACGAGCAUAAGCACCACCAUGGGCAUCAUCACGGUCACCAUCAUCACCAUGGCCAUCAUCAUCAUCACGGCCACGACCAUAAGCACCACCAUGGACAUCAUCACGGUCACCAUCAUCACCAUGGACAUCAUCACCAUCAUGGACAUCAUCACGGACAUCACCACGGACAUCAUCAUGGUCAUCACCACGGCCAUCACCAUGGUCAUCAUCACGGUCAUCAUCAUGGACAUCACCAUGGUCAUCAUCACGGCCACCACCACGGACAUCAUCAUGGUCAUCACCAUGGUCAUCAUCACGGCCAGCACCACAGACAUCAUCAUGGCCAUCAUCACGGUCACCACCACGGACAUCAUCAUGGCCAUCAUCAUGGUCACCACCAUGGACACCAUCAUGGUCACCAUCAUGGACACCACCAUGGACACCAUCAUGGGCAUCAUCAUGGACACCAUCACGGUCAUCACCAUGGACACCACAGUGGACAUCAUCACGGACAUGCCCUCGGGUUACAUAAUGUUAUGCACUUUUACAAUCUUUUUGGUCAGCAAUACUGA